AAAUUGCUUUCUUCUCCCAAAGAUAUUACCGUCAACACUUCAAAACCUGUGACCUCCUCCAAUGAUUCGUCCCUGUAUCAAACAGCUAGAAUUUUUACUGGAUCCUCGAAGUACACCUUCUCUUUAGCCACGGGUAGGCACUGGAUUCGGCUUUACUUCAAUCCAUUUGAUUGGGAAUUUCAUUAUGAGCAAGCUAUUUUUCAAGUUUCCAGCCAAAAGUAUGGCCUCCUUAGCAAUUUCACUACAAACUCUAAAGUAGUUAAAGAGUUUUCGGUGAAUGUAACCACUGAUAACCUUGUUAUCACUUUCAGUCCAUCAAACAAUUCAUUCGCAUUCAUAAAUGCCAUUGAAGUUGUUUCAGUUCCUGACCAGCUCAUUACUGAUGAUGCUAUCCUCAUUAGCCCACAAGAGAAAUUCCAAGGCCUGAUGUGGCAGGCGUUGGAGACAGUUUAUAGAGUAAACAUGGGUGGACCGACAGUUACCCCUCUGAACGAUACCCUUGGGCGGACCUGGGUUCCUGAUCAAAGUUUCCUUCUUCAAGCAAAUGUUGCCAAAGUUAUAUCUAAGAUUUCUGCUGUCAAGUAUGUUUCAGGCGGGGCUACUCGUCAAAUUGCUCCAGACUCUGUCUAUGGUACUGCCACCUGUAUGAACUCGGAUGAUGAUCCUGACAGCAAUUUCAAUGUGACCUGGGAGUUCAAUGUGGACCCAGGAUUUCAGUACCUUGUUCGGUUUCACUUUUGUGAUAUUGAAAGUGCAGGUCUUAACGAGCUGUACUUCAAUGUUUUUAUUGAUUCCUGGAUGGCUGUUAAGGAUCUUGAUCUGAGUACUUAUUUAGUUAAUGUUUUAGCCGCUGCAUAUUAUAUGGAUUAUGUUACACUAAAGACUGUUAGCAAUAAGCUUCGUGUAAGUAUUGGUCCUUCUAACCUGCAUAACACUUACCCCAAUGCCAUUCUAAAUGGUCUGGAGAUAAUGAAGAUGAAUAAUUCAGUCAGCAGCCUCAGUGGGCUGGCCCCUGACAUCACCAGUUCAAGCUCAAAGAAGAAUGUUGGCGUGAUAGUGGGAGUGAUUGUUGGGGUGUUUAUUUUGGUGGUGUUGGCUGGAGUUCUCUUUAUGUGGUGCCGGAAAAGAAGCAGAAUGGGACAGCAGGGACACUCAAAGACAUGGAUUCCUUUAUAUAUCAAUGGAGGAAAUUCUCACACCAUGGGAAGUAAAUACUCUAAUGGAACAACUGCUAGUGUUAAUUCUAACCUGGGGUAUCGCUUUCCUUUUGUGGCAGUUCAAGAAGCCACUAACAACUUCGAUGAAAGUUGGGUUAUUGGGAUUGGUGGUUUUGGAAAGGUAUACAAGGGAGUUCUAAAUGAUGGUACAAAAGUGGCGGUUAAGAGAGGAAAUCCCCGGUCCCAACAGGGACUUGCAGAGUUCCAAACCGAGAUUGAGAUGCUUUCUCAGUUCCGGCACCGCCAUCUGGUUUCACUGAUUGGGUACUGCGAUGAAAAGAAUGAGAUGAUCUUGAUUUACGAAUACAUGGAGAAUGGGACCCUCAAGGGUCAUCUCUAUGGCUUAGGUCUUCCCAGCUUGAGUUGGAAGCAGAGACUUGAGGUGUGCAUUGGAUCUGCUAGAGGACUUCAUUACCUUCACACAGGCUACGCGAAAGCAGUUAUUCAUCGUGAUGUAAAGUCUGCGAAUAUCUUGCUUGAUGAGAACCUCAUGGCAAAAGUUGCUGAUUUUGGUCUUUCAAAGACAGGACCUGAAAUUGAUCAAACCCAUGUGAGUACUGCAGUGAAAGGAAGUUUUGGUUACCUUGAUCCAGAAUAUUUCAGAAGGCAACAACUGACGGAGAAGUCUGAUGUUUAUUCAUUUGGGGUGGUUUUGUUUGAAGUCCUAUGUGCAAGACCUGUUAUAGAUCCAACCCUUCCAAGGGAAAUGGUGAAUUUAGCUGAAUGGGCUAUGAAAUGGCAGAAGAAGGGGCAGCUGGAGCAAAUCAUAGAUUCUACUCUUGCAGGAAAAAUUAGACCAGAUUCUCUUAGGAAGUUUGGAGAAACUGCUGAGAAAUGCUUGGCUGACUUUGGUAUUGACAGACCCUCAAUGGGAGAUGUCUUGUGGAAUCUAGAAUAUGCUCUUCAACUUCAGGAGGCAGUUGUUCAAGGUGAUCCUGAAGAAAACAGUACUAAUUUGAUCGGCGAGCUCUCCCCUCAGAUUAACAAUUUCAGCCAGGUUGAUGCUAGUGUUUCUGCUGCACAUUCUGAUGUGUCAAUUGCUGAUGAUCUCUCAGGAGUUUCAAUGAGUAGGGUGUUUUCGCAGCUUGUUAAGUCUGAGGGCAGGUGAUUUGUUGGAGAUUGUAUUCUCCAUGGGUUUAGCUCCUCUCACAAUUAGCCUCUUUGGUUUGUCCUCUGAUCAACCGAUACUUUCUACAUCAUAAUAGAUUGUUGUAUUUUCUUUAUUUUGUUUCAUAGAGUGAGACUUUAGAUUUGCUUCAAUACCUUUGCAUUUUUUGUUUUAAUGACGGGAGGAUAUGAUAAUGUGGCUUGUUGAUUGGUCACUGGACAAAUGAAAGGAGGUUGUGGCCGUAGCUUAUCAUCCUUCAGAUAGGUGUAUAAGUCAAACAGUAUGGAUUGGGAAGUUGUGCGCGUUCUCAUUUACAGCAUUGUUGGUGGUUCUAGCAAGUUUUACAAAAUGGAUAAGGAUUUUGUA